GCUGCAAUGAUUAGCACCUGAAAACACUAAAGUGGCAGUCUCGUGAAUACGCAGCUGAAUCUGAAUCCUUUGUUGAAAACUUCAUUGAAUAGUUCAACAGCUCGCCAGUAUCAAAAACGUAUUAUAGAAUGGAGAAUGUUGAUUCUCUAGAUGGAGAUGAAGAACUCGCUCUGUUCCUUGAUAUGCGAAGGCGCGACAAGAAGGAUCAAAGAGUUUCUCCUCUUCCGGAUCCCGGACCAAUUGACGCCGAUAGAACUAUCAAAGAGAGUUGUUUGCCCACAACAGUGAGCUCUGCUCAGCGGGGAAGGACCGCAAUUGAAAAAUUCUUGGAUUCGGAGAACGACAAAUCAGUUUAUGAGUGGUUAUAUGCAUCUCCCGAGACACUAUGUGUGAGAGGACCACAGAAGAACUCAACAGUUGAACUCAAAGAGGCUAACUGUCUCUCUGCUGUUCUAAAACCUUUGCUUGAAAAUAUUCCUGAAGAGUCUGUGUCAAGAAGCAUCAAGACGUCAAGGCGGGCAAGUCUAGCGACUGGAAUGUACCCAAUGACUGCUGUUAAUAAGCGAACGGUCAGCACCAAUGAGCCAAAACCGAGCAUUAAGCCAUUGAAGCAGGUGGCAUCCACUUCACGAACCGCAAAGCCCAAUGGUACAGAAUCCAGACCCUCCAGUUCAACAAAAUCAGCUCCUAGAUCCUCAACACCGAGUGGUAGAACCACUUCAAGCAAAUCCAGUUCUCUUGCUUCUGCGCUUACCCGAUCCUCUUCUGUGGGAAAGUCAGCUCGUGGGGAUAAGUCGAUGGUUUCAAAGCCUUCCGACAUGCCAGGUAGAUCUGUCUCAGCUUCAAGAGGCAAAGCCCACUCUUCUGCAGUUAAGUCUGGUUUGGGUGAGAGAUCAAGGAGACAGUCCAAAUGUAGCAAUGAUGUGAAUCCAGUCUUGAUUGGUAGCAAAAUGGUCGAAAGAGUUGUGAACGUGAGGAAACUACCACCUCCAAAGCAGAAUGAUCACAACCCGGCGAGGAAAUCAGAUGGUCCACGCUUCGGGAUGAAUCUCUCGAGAUCAUCUCUCGAUAUGGCUUUGAGGCACAUGGACAUAAGAAGAAGCAUGAGGUAGUCGGGACUCGGGAGGGAAACGAUCAACAAAGUUCCAGUUCCCUUAUCAACGACAAACGGAUCAUCAUCAGUAUCAUCUUAUCAAAAGGUAAAAGAAAUUCUGUCAUCCGAAAUCAUUGCCCAGAAACUAUAAGCUAUAGAUUAGAUUUUAGAAAACAUAUCACCAAGUCCCCUGUUUUCACCCGGGAAAUAUAGUUCCUUUGCUAGAAAAUAUAAUCACUACACAUUGGUCUUUUAUUCACUAUACACAUGAAACUGUGACCAGAGAGGCCAAAACUAAAACAGGACAUGACCCAAAAAAAAGCUUAGAAAAG